AUGUCAGAGCAAAACGGGCCCACGGAGGGCCCGGGCUGGUGGCCACCUGCCCAGUCCUGGAAGUCCAGCUCGGGAACCACCGCCUCCUCGCGAACCAUCGACGCGGGGAAAAAUGUCUCUGUUACGACUAUCAAUGUUCCACCUGUUGAAGAGAUGCAUGAUGGCAAAAGCGUAAAAUACCUAACCGGGCAGAACGGCGUGACAGUGUCAGUAGUAUCUUCCUGCAGCAGCUCGAGCCCCCUGGAGGCCCCGAUCGACGACGGGGACAGUGACGGAGAAGUCAGCAAGAUCGACUUCCGCGGUGUGAAUCUUCGAACGAAAAAAAAGCGCGAUGAGUCAGAGUGUCCGAGCGUGGAGUCCCACCAGCAGCCGGAACGACCGAUGUCCUGGGAGGGCGAGCUCUCCGACCAAGAAAUGUCUUCCAAUACCCUGACGAACCCCGAGGAGACCUCCAUGGAGGGAGUCCAGGUCUGUGGCGCUAGUCCAGGUCCUCAGGAGCAAAAGUUCCCCAUAAAACCCGAACCAGACUUCAGGUCCAGUCCCGGCCUGAUCGGGCACGUCGACGCAGCCAUGCCUUUGCACGGCCAGCACCACCAUCAUCAGCAGCAGCAUCCCCAGUUGGAGCAAGCUCAGCAAAGUGACUUACCUCUUCUAGUGGGGAAACUCCUCGGCGGGUACUCCUCCACGCCCAAUCACAGUCCAGUUUUAAACCCGCGACACCACCUCACUAAGCACAGUCACACCAGGUCCCAAGUUCCGUCCCCAGACUCUGCUAUUCAUUCUGCCUACAGCGUCUUCAGCUCCCCGACCCAGAGUCCUCAUGCGGCAAGACACUCGGCUCUUGGAGCAGGCAGUCCAGUUCCUUCUUCCUCGUUGUCGCUGUCCAGACACAGCUUCAACAAUUCUACGUCUUCGCUGUCGUUGUCUUUGUCACACUCGCUAUCCAGGAACAACUCCGACGCUUCCAGUAGCUGUUAUAGUACCUCAAGGAAGUCCGCUGCACCUAGCCUCAAGCGCGCACCACUUAAACUACUCCAACAUCUCAGAACUGGGUUCCGAAACCCAUUCUGAAGUCGAGCAGGAAGACUGCAAAAUCCCUUCAGCACCCGCCGGAAUCUCUACAAGACAACAAUUAAUCAACAGCCCAUGCCCAAUCUGCGGGGACAAAAUCAGCGGUUUUCACUACGGAAUUUUUUCCUGCGAGUCUUGCAAAGGGUUCUUCAAGCGAACCGUGCAAAACAGGAAGAACUACGUCUGCCUCAGAGGCGCAGGUUGUCCUGUAACAGUAGCGACCAGGAAGAAGUGUCCAGCUUGCAGGUUCGACAAGUGUCUGAACAUGGGGAUGAAGUUGGAAGCGAUUCGCGAGGACAGAACUCGCGGUGGCAGAAGCACUUACCAGUGUACGUACACUUUACCGGCAAAUUUAAUCGGCGCAGUUCCUGGUGACAAAAUAACUGGAGGGAGUUGCGGGAGUCCGGCGCCUCCUGAGCACCAUCAUUCCACUCGGCACCACUGGAACCACUCCCACAAGAUUCAGGUGGUGCCUCAGCUGCUUCAGGACAUCAUGGACGUCGAGCAUCUCUGGCACUACAACGACAACGACAGAGUUAGUCAGGCUGCCAACGGAGCUAAUCCUGACUCGUGCGGUAUCGACACUUCUAAUGCCAAUAAUUCUAAUUCUAAUAACAGUAAUAGUAAUAAUAAUAAUAAUAAUAGUAAUAGUAAUACUAGUAAUAAUAACAACAACAACAAUAAUAGCAGUAAUAAUAAUAGCAGUAAUAAUAAUAGUAAUAAUAGUGAUAACAUAGAACCGAGACGAGAAUCGAGAGCAAGCUCCGUAGGACCGACGAAUCACGAGCAGCUGAGCUCGUCGAGCAACGAAAAUUCAUCACCGAAUGGCGGUACAGGGAGCCAGCACCCGGACCCUCUGUCGAACCUGUGCAAUAUAGCGGACCAUCGACUGUAUAAAAUAGUUAAAUGGUGCAAAAGUCUUCCGUUGUUUAAGAAUAUUUCAAUCGACGAUCAGAUUUGCCUGCUGAUAAAUUCCUGGUGCGAAUUAUUGCUCUUCUCAUGCUGCUUUAGAAGCAUGGGCACCCCGGGGGAGAUCCGGGUGUCGCUCGGGAAGUCGAUCACCCUGGAGCAAGCCCGGCAAUUGGGGUUGGCGACCUGCAUCGAGCGAAUGCUGGCAUUCACCAACAAUCUCAGGAGAUUGCGUGUCGAUCAGUACGAGUACGUCGCGAUGAAGGUGAUUGUCCUGCUUACGUCAGACACCAGCGAGCUCAAGGAGCCGGAAAAGGUGAGAGCUUCCCAAGAAAAGGCGCUACAAGCCCUUCAGCAGUAUACUAUUGCAAGGUAUCCCGAGAUGCCGGCUAAGUUUGGGGAGUUGUUGCUGAGGAUACCGGAUCUCCAGAGGACCUGCCAGGUUGGCAAGGAACUGCUUAGUCAGAAACGCGCUGAGGGAGAGGGCAGCUCAUUUAAUUUACUUAUGGAACUGCUGCGUGGCGAUCAUUGA